AUCGCGCCUGCGCCGUAAGCAAUCCCUCUUUGGACCUACGUCUCCACUGAAACGAUGGCCAAGCGCACCAAGAAGGUGGGGAUCGUUGGUAAAUACGGCACGCGUUAUGGCGCGUCGCUGAGGAAGAUGGUGAAGAAAAUUGAAAUCUCACAGCAUGCAAAAUAUACCUGCUCUUUCUGUGGCAAGACCAAGAUGAAGAGGAGGGCUGUUGGUAUCUGGCACUGCGGGUCCUGCAAGAAGACUGUGGCUGGAGGCGCCUGGACUUACAACACAACUUCCGCUGUGACAGUGAAGUCCGCGAUCAGGAGGCUGAAGGAGUUGAAGGACCAGUAAACCAAUGCGAUAUUCGCUGGUGGAUUUGGGACUUUAUUUUCUAUAAUUUAACCGACCUGGACAUGGCCACAACGUCCAAAAAUAAAGCAGUCUGGAGCGGAA